AUGAUUCCUCAAAAUAUUGGGAGGCUCUCCAACUUGGUACAAUUGUGGCUUCACAUAAAUAAACUAAAUGGAACUCUGCCCCAAUCUCUUACGAAUUGUACGAGACUUACAACGCUGAAUUUAAGGGUCAACCUCCUUGAAGGUGAGCUUUCUGCUUUUGAUUUCUCCAAAUUCAUUCAGCUUAGAUCAAUUGACCUUGGGAAUAAUUUCUUCAGAGGUAGAUUGCCAUCGAGCCUUUUUUUGUGCAAGAAUUUGACUGCAAUUCGCUUGGCUACUAAUAGUUUAAAUGGAGAGGUUUUGCCUGAUAUAAUGGCAUUACAAUCUCUAUCCUUCUUAUCCCUUUCUAAUAAUAGCCUAAACAAUAUCACCAGUGCUAUGCGCAUCCUAACAGGGUGCAAGAACCUCAGCACUUUGAUCCUCUCAAAAAACUUUUACAAUGAACCACUGCCUGGAGAUGAAAACUUGAUAAGAGCUGGCGAGUUCCAAAAUCUUCAAGUCCUGGGUUUAGGUGGCUGUGGAUUCACUGGUCUAAUUCCAAUUUGGCUGUCCAGACUAGAUAAGCUGGAGGUUCUAGACUUAUCGCUUAACAACAUCACAGGCUCCGUCCCAGGAUGGUUUGGGGAUCUUCCAAACCUUUUCUACUUGGAUUUGUCCCAAAACCUUCUAUCAGGAAAAUUCACCAUGGAACUUAUAAAACUGAGAAGACUAGCAACACAACGGACUUCAGAUCAAGUAGACCAAAGUUAUUUAGAAUUGCCUGUCUUUGUUCAGCCCAAUAAUGCCUCCAAUCUGCAAUACAACCAGCUCUCCAACCUGCCACCAGCAAUAUACCUCAGGAGUAACAGUAUCAGGGGUACCAUCCCAAUUGAGAUUGGUCAAUUGAAGUUUAUCGUUGCCCUGGAUCUCAGCGAUAACAAUUUCUCUGGCAGCAUUCCGGACACAAUAUCUAAUCUCACUAACUUGGAAAAACUGGACCUCUCUAUCAACAAUCUUUCUGGUCAAAUUCCUGCAUCACUCGAAAAUCUUCACUUUCUGUCUUUCUUCAAUGUUGCAGACAACAGUCUUGAAGGUCCUAUACCUGUAGGAGGUCAGUUUGACACAUUUCCUAAUUCAAGCUUUGAAGGAAAUCCACGUUUGUGUGGUAAAAUUUUGCAGCGCUCAUGCAGUAGUCAACCAGAAAUUACCCAUCAGUUAGCACAAAGGAAAGGAACAAAGAGAAAAAUCAUUGCACUCGUUGUCGGGAUUUGUUCUGGCAUUUUCACUUUUACUCUGCUGAUAUAUUGGGUAAUUUCCAAGAGGAGGAUCCUACCAAAAAGUGGCCCUGAGAAAACUGAUAUGGAUAUGGUAUCCUUCAACUCUUCUGGAGUAUUUAAUGAAGUUGCAAAUGAUACCAGCCUUGUCAUAUUGUUUCCUAACAACACAAAUAAACCAAUGGACCUAACAAUCACUGAAAUCUUGAAAGCCACAGAUAAUUUCAACCAGUCAAACAUAAUUGGGUGUGGGGGCUUUGGUUUGGUAUAUAAAGCAACUUUAGCAGAUGGUACCAAGCUGGCAGUUAAGAAACUCUCUGGAGAUAUGGGUCUGAUGGAAAGGGAAUUCAAAGCCGAAGUUGAAGCUUUGUCCACUGCCCAACAUGUGAAUCUGGUUACUCUGCAGGGUUACUGUGUUCAUGAUGGCUAUAGAUUGCUAAUAUAUUCCUACAUGGAGAAUGGGAGCCUGGAUUACUGGUUGCAUGAAAAACCUGAUGGAGCAUCCCUACUCAGUUGGCCAACUCGACUGAAGAUUGCUCAAGGGACAAGUUAUGGGGUGGCUUAUAUGCACCAGAUUUGCGAACCACAUAUUGUGCAUCGUGACCUAAAGUCCAGUAACAUACUUCUGGAUGAUAACUUUGAUGCACAUGUGGCAGAUUUUGGGUUAGCAAGGCCGAUUCUUCCUUAUCAUACUCACGUAACCACCGAACUAGUUGGUACCCUUGGUUACAUUCCACCAGAAUACAGUCAAUCAUGGAUAGCCACAUUGAGAGGGGAUGUCUACAGUUUUGGGGUUGUUAUGCUCGAACUAUUAACUGGAAAGAGGCCUGUAGAACUCUUUAAGGCAAAGAUGGCAAGAGAAUUGGUUGCAUGGGUACAGCAAAUGAGGAACGAAGGAAAACAAGAAGAGAUCUUCGAUUCACUCCUUAGAGGCAAAGGCUUUGAAGAAGAGAUGCUGCAAGUGCUUGAUGUGGCUUGCAUGUGUGUCAACCAGAACCCUGUCAAGAGGCCGACUAUACAAGAAGUUGUUGAUUGGCUCAAAGAUGUAGGGUGCAACCGUGAGGCAGCAGCGUAA